UGAAUCAUCAUUGACAUGACUUAGGUCCAUUGACUACUAGACAAUACACAUUCAUAUCAAAUUCAUCUCUCUCAUUCUCUCUCCAUCAAUUUCACCGCCAAUCACCUCUAUGGCCGCUCCUUCGUCAGCGGCGAGCACCGCCAAUAUCAUGCUGGCAAUCUACGAGAAGAAAACGGUCUCACUCGACCUCUACCGCCCACUCCGCAACUACAUCGUCUACAAUUACUCCGAACGCGAGGCUCAAAUCCUCGAAGACGACCUAGAAACCCUAAAGCAGUACCGCUCCGAUCUCGAAAAGCCCACCGAUUCUCUCCCCUCUCGCCGCGAUUUGCUCCAAAAUUACUACAGAGCCCUUUGCUGCGUUGAGUCUCGAUUCCCAAUCUCCCCCGACAAAGACCACAUCAAUACGGUGACGUUUUCGUGGCACGACGCUUUUAAGAAUAAAUUGAAAGCUUCGCAGCAGAAUAUUCAUUUGGAGAAAGCUGCUGUGUUGUUUAAUUUGGGGGCGGUCUAUAGUCAGAUGGGAUUGGGUGUGGAGAGGUCUACAGUGGAGGGGCGGAGGCAGGCAGUGCAGAAUUUCGUGGCGGCGGCUGGGGCUUUUGCGUUUCUGAGGGACAAUGUGGCGGUGAAGGCGUCGAUGGGGAGUUCGACGACGGUGGAUGUUUCGGUGGAGUGCGCUGGGAUGUUGGAGAGGUUGAUGUUGGCUCAGGCUCAGGAGUGUGUGUUUGAGACUACGAUCGCGAAAGGGAGUACCCCUGGGGUUUGUGCCAAAAUCUCUAGACAGGCUGGGCUGUACUAUGAGGAAGCUUUGGCAGCAUUGAAUGUUGCGCCUCUCAACCAGCAUUUUGACAAAACCUGGCUUUCUCAUGUUCAGUUGAAGGCAACCUUGUUUUAUGCAGAGGCUUGUUAUAGGUACAGUUUAGAGCUACAUGAGAAGGAAGAGAUUGCCGAGGAAAUUGCUCGGUUGAAGAGUGGGGUUAGUGCUUUGUCUGAGGCAAAGAAAUCAUCUUCAAAGGGGGCCGCUCAGCAGCUUUUGGAUGCAAUUAAUAAGCUAGAGGCCAUUGUUAAUUGUAAUCUUGAGAGGGCUGUGAAGGAAAAUGAUAGAGUUUACCUUAUGAGGGUUCCUCUGGCCAGCUCUUUGCAGCCUCUUCCUGCAUUUUCCAUGGUUAAGUCCAUGCCCAUGAAUGAGGUUUUGGAUGCUAGCAGGGAGAAGAUGUUCGCUAGUCUUGUUCCUGACAGCAGUGCAAAGGCUCUUUCCAGGUACACCGAAAUGGUUGAUGACAUCAUCAGAACACAAGCUGAGAAAUUGCAGCAGGGGAGUGAGCUAGCCCGAGUGAGGCUUAAGGAAAUGGAUUUGCCUGAAUCAAUUCUUGCUUUGGAAGGAAAUUUCACUUUGCCAACAGCUCUUAAAGAAGAUGUGGAGGCAGUGCAGAUCAGUGGGGGCCCAGCUGGUUUGGAAGCUGAGCUUCAGCAACUUAAGGAUUUAAGGAGGGUAAACCGGGAAUUGCUGGUCCAGACUGAGGAGCUCUUGCAGAAAGAAGCAAACGAAGAUAUGCAGUUUAGAACCCAAUUUGGGACACGGUGGACUAGGCCUCAAUCCAGUACUUUAACAAAGAACUUGCAAGAUAGGCUGAAUAGGUUUGCAGCCAAUCUGAAGCAAGCUGCAGAAAGUGAUGCCCGGAUUGAGCGCUCAGUGAGAGAUCAUUCGGCCCUCAUGUCAAUCCUGGACCGCCGUCCGAUAGAAUCUGCUCUUCCCAGUCUGGCGAGGCCCAUAAUGUCUUUGGAUGCCAAUGAAGAUGCUAUAGUGGGAGCUUUGAAGCUGAGCUUGAGGCAUUUGGAGACCCUUGGUGCUCAGCGGGCAGGUCUUGAAGACAUGCUUAAAGAGAUGAAGAGGAAGGAUGAUAUACUCCCCAAGUUGAUGGCAUCCACCGGCUCCUAUGAGGAUCUUUUCAGAAAGGAAAUAUUGAAGUAUGAUCACAUUUGCGAAGAAAUUGCCCAAAAUAUUGAGGCACAAGAACAGUUGCUAUUUCAAAUUCAGGCACAGAACGAUGAGUUUGCUGCUGUCUUUAAUCUUGAAGAUUAUAAAGCAUCUCGUGAGAAGAGCUAUAAGCAGAUUGAAGCUGCCAUAGCCAAAUUCCGUGAAAUCAAAGACAACAUUAAUGAAGGAUUGAAGUUCUAUGUUACUCUUCAGGAUGCAAUCACCAAUAUAAAGCAGCAGUGCAGUGAUUUUGUAAUGACAAGAAACAUUCAAUGUCGAGAGAUGAUUGAAGAUGUACAGAGAAAAAUAUCAGGUCUGAGUUUUCAGGAAGGUAAGAAUACAGGUGCUUACAAUUAUCCUUCAGUUGGACGGUCUCAUCAGACUCAAAGGUCCAAUUCUCAACAGCAACCUGAUCCUGUGAACUUCUACAAUCCUCCUCGUGCUCAAACACCUUACUAUCAGCCACCGCAGGAGCCAACAAUGCCUGCCUAUUCUCAGCCAUCUCCCCUUUAUAGUUCACAGCAGCCACAACCUCCUUACCAAGUGCCAGCAACCAGUGGUCCUCCAUACCCCCCUCAGCAACAACAGCAACAGCAGCCAGCAGUAUCCCAUGAGUAUGGCCAACCGGCUUAUCCUGGAUGGCAGGGCCCCUAUUACAAUGCACCUCCUCAGCAACCGGGAUCCCAACCUCGGCCUCCUUACACCAUUCCAUCUCCAAAUCCUCCUCCCCACCAGGGUGGCUACUAUAAACAAUGAUAGUCAUUCCAUUUUACAGUUUAUUCUGUGUUAUUUUUUUGUUUGCUAUUUCCCAUUGUUAGUAGGGUGGACUCUAUUUAGCCAGAUCAUCUUCAAUGCCUAGCUCACCAGUGGUUUUGCAUAAAAUGUUGCUUUUUGUGUUGUGUGGCUCAUCUCCAGCAAUACCCCGUGUGUAUAGGUUUGUUGGUUUUUCUAUACAAAUCAUUUGUAAUUCCAAGUUGAUUUCACUUGCUUAUAAAACACCUAGCACAUUUGUAUCUCUUAUGUAAUUGCUCCCUAGUGAUUUUGCUAUUAAUCUUUGAAUAAGAGCAGAAAUGUGCUGCUGAUCUCUCUUUAAAAUGUAUGUUUUGAUGUUUUGAGAGCAAUAAAUAAUAUAUCAACAGGCAUUGAUAUUACUGUCACACCCGAGG